AGAGGAAGAUUGUAUAUGAGUAAAAAACGUACUCUUAUUAUCAUUUCAUAAUGCUAUAGUUACAGAAUAGUUACAGAAGUAUUUCUUGAAUGGCAAAUUUUGUCUGAAAUGGAAAACUUUUCUAAGAAGUUGGAAAUUCAUAAAUCAGUAUCUACUUUCCCUUCUCCUUCUGAUCAACAUCAUCACCAGAAGUCUAUCAAAAACCAAUUAAUGCAAUCUCCUUCUAGAAGAAAAAGACUUAAAUCAGUUGACAGUAAUGCCAACAAUGAAAGUGAGAUCGAGAAACAAAUGGAAAAAGUCCAAACUGUUGUACCUUAUGGCUCACACAUUAGCAGCAGUAAACAGAAAUCCAUGCUCCCUGUGAAGAAAAGUUUGUUACUGAGUGCUACUACAUCUGGAAAUGAGGUCAGGAGCAGUGAAACACAAAGGUCUUCUUCAAACUCACCUCCAAAACACAAAAUUGGAGGCAAUUUAACUUCAACUAUUCAGUCAAUGAAGAGAAACUCUGUUUGUACUGAUGUCAAUCACUUAGCAGCUUCUCACAAAACUGCUCCUAGUAAAAAAACAUUAACCAAUUCAAUAUUACUCACUGAUGCUCAAGAUGUUCCUUCAAAAAGACAUGCAGUUCUGCACAAGUCUUCACAUCAUGAGAGAACAUCCAAACUUUUCAACAUAAGUGGAACUCUAGUGGCUCUAAGCCACACAUUCAAGAUGUCAACAUGCAAAGUAUACUUUGCAAAGUUUUUUCUGGAUGAAGGCAGCCCUCAUCCAUGUUCUCGGCAUCACAAGAUUGCUCCGAAAGAAGGUUCUGCCAAAGCUGAUAUGCAAUCCAUUCUACUCCUGGUGCUGGUUGAUGCUAGAUGUCAGAGUUGGAGAGCCUUGCUCAAGUGUGGUUUUCGCUAUGCAGUUCAUCACACAGAGCAUGUUAUACUUCUCAAGAAUUCUGCUCGUGUUGAGGCCUUGAAAGUCUCCAAAUCCACUACCCUCACCCAACUCUCUGCUGGUCCAGCUGCCUUGCCUGCAACAAUAAUGGGCUCUGGCGGCUGCCAAACUGAACUGAACAGCAAAGUUUCUGACCAUAGCAUUGAACCUUCUCAUGAAUCAUUGAAUAUGUUCCUGAGCAAAGAAGGAUGGUUUGUGUUCAAGGGCAUCAUUACCAAAACGAUCAAUAGCAACUUGGGCCUUUACGAGCUUGACGGAGGAUGUGCAUUCCUGUCUCUCACUUAUCUUUUUGGAUUUGUUGACGAAAUUGAACCUCAAUGUGACGCAUGUGACGGGCAGGGCAGCCUGCGCCCUGGCAUGAGGGUUGUGGUGCAGCGACCGCACGUAGCCAAGCUCCCUUCCGGCGCCAUACUCAUUACAUGCUGCGGCCGCUCUCUCUUCACUAUUGUCCAGUUAAAGUCAGCAGCUAAAGAUUCCAUAGCCACUUCAGAAGGGGUGUCUGGCGCGGCUGGAGAAGCAAUGUCAUCUUCAUUGUCAGAUGCAGCGCCAAUUUCAACGUCUAAAAAUACUACUAGUGCAGCAGAAGAUCAAUGUUCAAAAUCCAAAUCAAGGAAAAUCGAAGUUCCAUCGGCUGUAUUGGACGCUGUGAUUCAUCACUCCCUCUACGGCUUCUAUUGGCUGCUGUGGCUGUCAGACCUGGAGCAUGAAAUGUGUCGCGUGCUUUGUAAGCUUGGCAUCCCUCAACACGUCGUCCGCAGACGCGUCGUGGUGGCGGGCCGAGCAAGGAGCCCAUUGAGCAGGCUGCUGCAGUCCUGGCAUGACCGCGUCUCACCGGCGCGCGUCGAGCGCAACUUCGCAGAGGAGUUCUGCGUGCCCAGACACAGCGAGUGCGUCGCCGUCCGGGGCCUCGCACAGAAAUUCUCCGCUCCGUUCGAGAUCAUUGACGCAUCAUCACUGCAAGAGAAAGAAAAAGAAGCUCUUUUUUCAUUUGGAGACUCCGCUGUGCGCAAACAGUGGGGCACCGAGAGCGAUUCGGUGUACUGGGAACCAACUGUAAUCCCGUUACGGAGUAUCCAUAUAAAUGAUGACGAUGAUGAUGAAAACGGCCUCCUCGAAGGUCAAAGCGAUGGACCAAGGGAGCAAAGAAAAUCUCCAUCUUGGACGACAGACGCCGUUGUCCUCUGCCGCCUGCUAGUGUCGCCCAUCGGCGACUUGAUGGUUCAUCUAGAAGAGAAUAGUUCUGCAUUUAGAGACCCCAAGAGCGGCCGCUCAUGUUUAAGCUCUGUUAACGAAGGAAAUUCUACCAUGAAUGCUGAAAACGGCACUGAAACUUUAUUUUGUUGCCAUCUAGAAAUUGUAGGAAGGAAGCGUGAAAUAAACGUUUCCAUGCCAGGGAAAAUUGUGGCUCUCUUCAACCCUGUGUAUGUGAUUGAAACAUUCAACGUUCGCACCGAUUCGCCACACGAUGCAUCGUCUAGUCAAAGAACCGUGUUUAAGCGUUACCUCAUGGUUAGAGAAACCGACUUGGUCGAAGUAUGCGAUGCUCCAGAAACCUCAGGCACGAAUGUAUCCAAGUUUUGCUGCUGCUCUUCUGCUGCUUCAAGCUCAGCGGAUGUGGCGUCUCUUCAAUAUCGUUCUAAGGACGCAUCAAAAUUACUGAUGGAAAAAGGACGUACGAAAGAGUAUCUCUUUCGCAUUUCCAAUAAGUACAAUAGAGUGAUAUUAAAUCGGCAAGCGAUGAACAAAUUUGCUUCAGACGAUUUGAUGGUCUGUUGUAGAGCGUUCAUCGAACAGAAAAACGAAUUCUGCAACGAGGAGGCAUUUAUUCAAAAUCUUGAUCCUGUCUCCAAUCCCAAGGACAAGCAACAACCCGUGUACUUGUGCUUCAGGGGAUCGCAUCAGUUGAUGCAUAUUGCCUCCAUAUCUGACGUUUGUGAAGUGAGCGUCAACGUUCCGGCUGCGGCUGGGAUAUUCACCAGGAGAGGAUCACUUCGAUGGCUGCCUUCUUUGACUCAUAAUUUUGGCGGUGAGGCAUCAUGUCUUGAUUUUCCUGAAAAUGGCGUCAUUUCUAGCGUAUCGCACUCCUACGUCAAGGAUGAAAUCUCCGUCUCUGACAUUCUUAAAGGGGCCUUCCUCAGCAAUUGUGCUCUGAAUGUGGUCGGUGUCGUGAGAGAUCGUUACCACAUGACCCCGACAUUUGCUUCAGAAAUGAUGAACAUCUCUGAAGAUUGUGACCAUAAUGAUGUUGGAGUUCCUGGCUGCAAGACCAUCAGGUUCCAACUCGAGGAUAACAGCCGCCCUGAUGUUGUGCGCCGCAUUUGUGUAUACCUUAAACUGAAGAAUGCAUUGGUCGUUGGCAAGUAUCCUCUGGGAUUGCUAGAGGGCGCAACCAUCAAGAUAUCAGGCGUUAAACGUUGCCGGUCGUCUUCGAAUUCGGUAUAUCUUCUAGCUGACCCAGUGUCAGUAAUUCAGGUUCUCAGUCUCCCAUCACUUCCACGUGCCUCCCCAAGAGUGAACAAUGAUGAAAAAGACCUAGAUCGGGCAAAGUUGGUGCUUUUGCACAAAGUGUGUAAUGAUUUGUCGGGUCUCUAUGCAGCACCUCCGACUGUGAAUAACUCUGCGGCCUCCCAACCGAGUGCUGCUAAAACGUGUGACUCUGUAUUUGAGCUACACUCUGUCCUAAGAAAUAAUCAAGAGUGUAAAAAUGUCACUGGAAUUAAAGACUCGUUAGUAUCGAGACCAUCGUACCGCAUUGUCCGCGUUGUUGCUUCCGUUUCAAGACUGCUCAAGAUUUCCCUCUCUCUGCAAUGCCCAGGUUGUGGCACUGAGGUGUCGGCCGUUUCUGGCACUUGCCCCUACGUCGGAUGUUACUCGCAAGACGCUCCAACCUUGAGCGCGUUUGCGAGGGUUGUUGUGGAAAACGGCUUUGCAGAGGCUUUCGUCAUCAUCAAGAAACUGGAGCUCAUCCACAGAUUGCUCGACAUCCCGACAUGGGCAUGGAAGUCGUUGGUUAGCGUGAUAACGCAACACAAGCUCACAGUUACUUAUCUGCCAACAGCCACCGCUGACUUAGGAUACAUUGACCCGUUGUCCUUGUUGGAUAACGGCCUUAACUGUGAUAAGUCAAACAAACGCCUCUCGCUACUCCGCACAUGCACGGAAAUUAUACACAAUUAUUGUUCGGCUGGCAAUUUAUACCGGCCUCUUACGUUCUACUUGAGACCAUUUAAGCCGUGCGUAGAUUAUGGCGCCCAGGCAAAGCAGGGCGUACCGUUUUACUGCCUCGAGCUGACAAAAGUUAAUCAUUAAGCGCUAAUUGCAAACAUGGGUCGUGGUUAGCAGGUAUUUAGAAACUUCACCAUUUCGGUAUUUUCAACGCAUCUCAUUCUCUGUACUUUUCCAUCUUUUGAUAACCUUGAACAAAAAUGCCUCGCAUCGAUUUAGCCAAGACAAAAAAAAUCGGAUAUUGCAACCAACUGCAACUCAAUUACUAGUUAGCAACGACGUAGUGUCUGGAAAUUAUAUUUUUCCAUUUGUUUGUGUUCUCUUGUUUGGUUCUGGUAGUUUUGAAACGAUGCAAAUCAAGGUAGUGUUGCUGUACUCAAUGGAAAAAUUUUACCAUUCAUUCCGUGAUUGAUAAGAAUCCUGAAUUUACUUAACUUGAAUCAUUUGUUAAGUAAUUCCUGUACCGGUAUUGUUUUCCACUUAUUGAGAUACCAAGCAUUUGUGUAUCAUCGCGUGUACUGCACAGUAUAGUUUCAAACUUUCUCGAAAUUGUAACCUAUUUCCCCAUAGAAAUAUUAUGUACCUGAUUUUUCACAUCCUAUUUUUCGAUUAUUGUCGUUUCCUUAGAAACGUCGAUGUUUAUUUCAUAUUUUAUUCUGUACAUUCUACCAGCAAAUUUUCAUUUUCCAGCGGAAUGAUUUUUUUGCCUUGGCUUUACCAAUGUACUGUGCUCAAUUUACAUUUCAUGAAUUUAUUUGGUGUUAAUUAUAAUUUCAGCAGAAUUAACUUUGCUUAAACGGAGUUCAGUUUCCUUUCCAUACUCUCGCGUUAAUGUAUGCUUUCCAUUGUUCCACAUGGUACGUUUAAAAAUGUAUAAUUGCCUCUCCGAGAACUAACAUUUUUUCUUAGAUGUGUCACCGUGUAUACGAGCUCAUAACUUUAUAAUUUUUCUACUAGGAAUAUUGACAAGUCACUCGUACCUGUUUAGCUUAAUUACAGUAAUGAACUCGUCGAUGGGUUCAGUGAGCAUAUCAAAUGUGUUUUCACUGCCAAUAUACGCUUGACGCAUAUAACAAAGAUUAGCAACUAAAUGAAGGGGUAGUGCUUUAUUGUCAUCAAUUAGGUUAUAGAUUGCUUCACCUCAUUUAAAUCAUGACAAUCCUUUAUGGGUCCACUUUCUCUAAGAAAAAACGCGUGUACAUUUGUGUUAUUUCAAAUAGCAAGCUUCUUGUUGUAAAUGUAUAGCAAGUUUAUGUACAAUGUAGCUGCAAUUCGGAAGAUAUUGCAGAAGGCUGAUAUUAUAUAUAUAUAUUAUUAGAUAUUAACUAAAGGUUGGUUUUCGAACCUAAUUCUUUCACUAAACUUUCAUGUGAUUUUUUUAUAUAUUUGAAAACAAUUUUC